GCAGGGAACAAAUUUGGGGCACCAAUUAAGGAAGGCGCAUUUGACAUUAACAGAAGGUGGAUUAAAGGCAUGUUUGGAUUUGGGUUUGGGUUUUGCGAAUGACUGAAUGAGUUAGCGUUUGUAGAAUCCGAAAUUUGAUUAGGGAAAUUGAAACAGAGCCCUCCGAAAACCCCAAAACCCUGUUUGGCUUUGCGUUUCGUUGUGGCCAUGGAUUUUCAAGUGGUGGUUCUCGGCGGUGGCGUCUCCAAGAAGCUCCUCCCCCUCGUUUCUCAGGAGCUUCCGAACGCGUUGCUUCCGGUGGCGAAUCGCCCCGUUAUCUCUUACGUUCUCGAGUACUUGGAGCUUAGCAACCUCAAAGAUCUCAUUGUGGUGAUUGAAGGCGAAGAAGCGGCACUUCGUGUUGGGGCUUGGAUUUCAGGGGCUUAUGCUGAUCGCCUCCAUGUUGAGGUUGCUGCAGUUCCUGAGGAUGUGGGUACAGCAGGUGCAAUUCGGGCUAUUUCUCAUCACCUAACUGCUAAAGACAUUUUGGUUGUCAGUGGUGAUCUUGUUACGGAUGUGCCACUUGGUGCUGUUGCAGCUACUCAUAGACGACAUGAUGCAGUUGUUACUGCUAUGCUCUGCUCUGCUCCUGUGAGUGGACCUUCAGAGUCAGUAUCUUCUGGUGGGAAAGACAAAACCAAGAAACCUGGCCGCUAUGAUUUGAUAGGGCUGGAUCCCACAAAGCAAUUUUUAGUUCACAUAGCAACUGGAGCAGAAGUUGAGAAGGAUCUUCGAAUUCAGAAGAGCAUACUCCCUGCAGUUGGCCAGAUAGAAAUAAGAGCUGAUCUGAUGGAUGCCCACUUGUAUGCGUUCAAAAGAUCAGUUCUACAAGAAGUUCUAGAUCAGAAAAGUGCAUUUCAUAGCUUAAAGCAUGAUGUAUUGCCAUAUCUAGUCCGGAGCCAACUGAAAUCAGAAGUAUUAUUUAAUGGUAUGCCACAAGUGGAAGAAAAUGGAACUGAAAAGGUUAUAUCUCAGAGCAAUCAACAAAUGCUAUCUCAAAUACUUGCUAAUGCAUCUGAACCAACCUUUCAUCUACGGCAUGCACUGGGUUCGUAUAGUUCUACUUCUGAUCGAAAAACCCACAAAUGCUGUGUGUAUAUUGCUGGAAGCAGCAAGUACUGUGCUCGCUUAAAUUCUAUACAAGCAUACAAUGACAUAAACCGAGAUGUAAUAGGAGAGGCUAGCCAUUUAUCAGGUUAUUCUUUCUCUGCCCAAAACAACAUUAUCCAUCCUUCUGCAGAGCUUGGGGCAAAAACAACUGUUGGACCACAUUGUAUGUUGGGGGAAGGUUCACAAAUGGGUGACAAAUGCAGUGUGAAACGGUCUGUCAUUGGCCGUCAUUGUCGGAUAGGUGCCAAUGUUAAGGUUGUUAAUUCAGUAGUUAUGAAUCAUGUUUCUAUUGGAGACUGUUGUUCAAUCCAAGGUUCUGUUAUCUGUAGCAAUGUACAGCUCCAAGAACGUGCAGUAGUAAAAGAUUGUCAAGUUGGAGCAGGUUAUGUGGUCACUGCUGGUAGUGAGUGCAAGGGAGAGGUCUUAGCUAAGAAAUGAAACUGAGAUGUGAGAAUCCAGGCUGGGAAAUUCAUACCAAAGUGACUUAUGUUCUGCUUCGUCACUGCUUGGAGCAAAUUUUGUGCUUUUUGCUGGCAGCAGUUACAAUUUGGUGUUGGCAGGAGGGGCAAAGAAAUUCUAAUACUUCCGACUUGCAUGCGUGUCCUUUGCAGUUUGUUUCGAUCGCUAUUUGUUUGAAAAUGGCUGCAAUUGGUCUUGAAUAUUCAUUUGUGUUAAUGACUACUAAUUAUUUCUGCUUCAUCACAAUUUUCUGCCAUUUAAUUCAAGUUACAAGGGACUUUCGGUUGGUAUCUUACUGCUGAACGAAAGCGGUAUAAUCCAGAGCCAUCAGUUUUGUAUUCGAGCAAAUGCAGUACUAUCGACGUAUUUCUUUGGGCUUUUUUGCAUUUUUGUUUUUGUUAGAGAUCUAGUGAUAAUAACGUUAACUUGAAUUUGGUACCUGCUUUGUAAGAAUAUAUUUAAGCUCAACUUUUUUCCUCCCUA